CGAAUGUAUUAUAGACAUAUUACAGAAAAUUUUUGAACAUCCAUUUGCACACAGUGGAUACGAGAAAAAUAGGGCGCAUGCUCGGCCCCUCGUGAAUGGAGUGUGAUAUAGAAAAUAAGGAAAGAAUAAUUGCUUGCCGUCACUCUCUCUAAAUUCUCAAGGCUUCUUCAGUCGCUGGCCAAAAGUCAAACGAGAUUGCUGCAAUAUUUAGAACAUCUUCGGUCACGCGCGCGUAAAAGGAAUCGACUUUAGAAACAUUCUCUGUGUAUAUAUGGAAAUAAAAUAGAAAUAAAUAGUGUUAUAGAGAAACUGACCGAUCGCUACAAUACACUGUCUCAAGUUACCCCACUACCUUUUCUUUAACUUAUAACCAGAAAACCACCCCUUUGAGUCAAUGUGCGGUGUCUUCUCUUCAACGUAGACUUAACUCAUACCAUUCUUUUUGUUGACUAGCUUUGAUACCAAGGAGUUAUCCUUAUAUAGUGUCGCUUCAGGAAGUUAAACCAUAUCUAAGCGGACUCUCUUACUGUGCGGACCGAAUAUAAUUUGUGUAUCGAGUCUUAAGGAAAACUGAUAGUUUUCGUGAACAGUAAGAAUCUGACGUUUCAACGGAAAAUAUUAUGAGGAACUUUGAAAAGUUUUUUCGAUUGGACCCGUACGUAAAGUGAAUAUUUGAUUCCAAAUGGACUAAUAAAAAAAAAAGAUUUAAAACAAAAAAAUAAAAAUAAAAAAUAAAAUCGAAAUGAAAUGAAAGUGAAAAGAGAAUUUACUUAAUUUUAACAAUUUAAAUAAAAUAAAUAAAUGAAUCAGUGAAAUUAAAAAAAGGAAAAAAUUUAAAUUAAGUUAAUUAAAAAUGUUUAAAUAUUUUGUUAAAAUUAAAUAUUCGUAUUGUUUUAAAUUGAAAAAUGCUCAUCUUAGACGAUUCAGUGUAUAUUGUAGCAGUACUAAUGUAAAACAAUGAUAAUUUACGAAAUCGAUGUUUCAUAACAACAUCAUCAUUACGGAUUUGUACAUUUAUUUUGAUAAAACGUGAAUACAAACAAAUGAGGAAAUUUUAAGGGUUACAAUUUUAUGAACAUUAAUUGAAGUGUAAAAAAAACUGAAGUAGGUGUUUCUCGUGUUUGAACUUAAUACCUAUUGCUGGGAGAGGAAAAAAAAAGGAGUGAAAUGUGUGUCGUAAACAUUUUUUUAAUAACAUUUUAAACCGAACAUUGAUUGUGAUGAACUAUGAGCUCAUAGGAUAUAAUACUGUCUUGGAUUUCAUUAACGGAUUUGUAACCUUUGACAACGCCAUACACAUCAUAUUUUUACUUUACGAUUAGCAUCACUGUCAGGUUCAUGCAAUGGCAGGGGAACUCGUAUAAGGCCGGGUUAAGAGAGAGGCAUUGUUGCUUUCAAGUAGAAGGGGAAUACAUUGGUAUUGCAAGAGAGUAUUUUUUAUCGUCUUUUACGUGUAAGCAACAUAGCAAUAGGUUAAAGUAUACGAGAGUAGGGAGAAAAUCUCCCACUUUAAUGGGCUUUAAGCCAAUAAAGUCUGGUGAUUCUUAUGAUGUCAUCAGAGGAGGACACAGACAGUUUUGGAUUGUACGGAGAUAAGUUACUGAAGAAAACAAAACGAGCCAGACAACGCGUAGACGCGGGCGAACCAAGAAAUAGUUAUUCUUCUAUACCGAAUUUUAGUUCGCGGCCUUCCCUCAUGAGUGGAGGUAUAUACGGGGCUAUUUAUAGCCAAAAUCAACAACAUUUUGGAUUAUUUAGUCCAGGCGGUUACGGUACGACAAAAAUGUUAAACGAAUUAUUAGCAAGACAAGUGAAACAGGCCCAAGACGCUAGUGGUCCGGAUAAUGCAAUAAUGCAACAAACAACGUUAGAAGGUGCUACAAAUUCUGACGGUAAUAAAAUUUGUUUUGAAAGUGCAAAUGCACUUUCAUCACCGGCUAUACGACGUGGUAGUUCGACACCACCUCAACCUAGUGAUUUAGCGCAUCAUAUGUUGCGGAAUAUAUUACAAGGGAAAAAGGAAUUAAUGGCACUCGAUCAAGAAUUGUGUGCUGCCAAUCACAACAAUAGUGCGAUAAGUGUUGAAAGAUCGUCACCAGAUAAUAACAAUAGUAUUAGCAAAAAUAAUAACACAAACGGCAGCAGUAAUAACAUUGUGAAACAAGAAGUGAAUAUUAAAAGUGAAUCGGUGGGUGAAUUGAACGAUAAUGACUUAGGUGUUAAUAGUAGUGGAAAUAUAUCACGAAAUGGAAACAGUGGUACACAACAAAUGAAUCACGAAAUAUCGCGGCAUAAUUUAGAUUGUGCGGAUGAAAGUGCUCAAAGUGGUAUGCAGAAUCGUUUGAAACAUUUGGAUGGACAGAACAUUUCCAACAACAAUAUAUCGAAAAACAACCAUGACGACAUCAUGGACGACGAUAUGGUGUGUUUGAACUCCAGAUCGGAUUCGGAAAAUUCGUUGUCGUCUAUGCCCGGAUCGGACGAAAAUUUACUGAAUUCGAAAGAGGAUUUGGACAUGGAAUUGCAACAAAUUGAUAAAGCGACCACUGCCUCACCCAAUUUGAUGUCCGGUAAAAAUGAACCAGUUGCUCUUGAUAUGAAACGAGCCCGUGUCGAAAAUAUCGUUUCGACAAUGCGCUCCAGUCCCGGGCUAUCGUCCAAUCAGCCACAGGUGAAUGGAUGUAAAAAACGAAAAUUAUACCAUCCUCAACAACAUGACAAUAGUGCUGCUGAGCGAUAUGCUGCUGUUGCGGCUGGAUUGAAUUUGGGCCUACACAUUCAAAGCCUUAUGUUAAACGAUGACGAAGAUGACGAUGAUCACCCACAGAUUCAUCAGAAACGUGUGGAAAAGAAUGCUCUGGAAUCGCAAUUACGUUCAAUGCAAGAGAAAUUGGCUGAAAUGCAACAGAAAUAUGUGCAAUUGUGUAGUAUCAUUGAACACACUCCAGAAACUCAAGAGAUUGACGAUACAGCUAGUGAUAUUGUUGAGACUUUGCCCGAUCAAAUUAAAGAUUCGCCCGACAAAAGUUCGUCAAAUGCUCAUUCGCUGCCAUCGUCGCCAGCGCUAUCGCCAAUGAAGGAAAUGCCAACAACACCGAAAUCAAAUCACAAUGCCACCAAUAUGUUAUCGCAAGUUAUGGGUAAAAUGAUAUCAUCCAAAUUGCAUUCACAAUUGACACCUCAGGCUCAUUUGCCUCCCGGAUUUAAUGGCGGUUUGCCAUUACUUCAGCAUAUAACUCACGGUGGACCACCUGUUAUCAAUUCGCAUGAUCAUCCGAUUCAACAUCCUCAUGCGCAACAUUCACAUCAUGCCUUCAAUAAUGCCGCAGCAAUGUACUUGGGACAAAAGUUUUUCAUGGAUCAAGAGGCUCGAAUGCAAAAAGAAAAUGCUGAACAACAAGAAAGAAUGCAACAGCAACAACAGCAGCAGCAGCAGCAACAACAACAGCAACAGCAAUUACAACAACAGCAACAGCAUCAACAGCAAGAACGCCAGCAGGUACAACAACAAAUGGCACAACAACACCAACCACCACAACAACAGCAAAGUAGUUCUCAAAAUACAUCACCACAAACCCAUCACUCUCCACAACAGCAACAGCAACAACCAUCCUCAUUGCAACAAUCACCGCAAAUUCCGAAAGGUUCCACUGUUCCAUCAGACCUAUCAGAUCGAUUGAAUAUAAUGCGAUCAAAUCCCAAUUCAAUGGGUUCGGUGUCUAACAACAACGAUUUUGAAGGACUUGCCUCAGGACUCGCUGAUGUUUUGAAAACUGAAAUCACAGCUUCUCUAACGAACUUGGUGGAUUCGAUUGUUACACGAUUUAUACAUCAACGAAGAUUCCUGAACAAGCAGACGGAAGCGGCUGCCGCUGCUGCUGAACAACUGAACAAAGAUUUGAUGAUGGCUACACAAAUGCUCGAUCGCAAGUCACCACGUACAAAACAGUCGGAACGAGCGAACAACGUUCAAGCAGGUAAUGGCCCAGUUUGUAGUAAUGCUAAUAUUAGCAACAGUAGCAAUCAAUCAAUAAAUUCAUUAAGUCACGUCAAUUCACUGAUGAAUCAAAAUAACGGUCCCAGAUUAAAUGGCAAUGCUUUUCCACCGAUAGGAAUGCCAAUGCAUUUAAACGGGCCUCCACUUGAUAAUAAUACCAAUAUGAACAAUAUGAAUAUGCCACCUCAUGUACGUCCUUCGCCCACAGCGGCAAUGUUUCAGGCACCUAAACCUCCGCAAGGCAUGAACUCCGUAGCAGCUGCAGCGCUAUACAAUUCGAUGAACGUACUUGGUGGUCAUCCGAUAGUGAAUCCCUUCUGUAAACCAGAAAUACGAGAACAUAAUCCAGAGCAAAAUGAAGCAUUGAGUUUGGUUGUUGCGCCGAAGAAAAAGCGUCAUAAAGUCACCGACACCCGAAUCACGCCACGAACAGUCAGUCGUAUUCUAGCUCAGGACGGCAUUGGACCGCCACCCGGCUCAAUGGACCAAUGCAACAACAGCAAUAAUAACUUGAAACCGUACAAUCCACCAGCCAGUACACCAUCGGACAGUCCAUCGUCCCGAUCAUCAUAUCAUGCGCCACCAUCAUCAAUGAUGCCCGUUUCAUUACCCACAUCAGUUGCUAUACCAAAUCCAUCGUUGCACGAAUCCCAAGUAUUUUCACCGUAUAGCCCAUUUUUCAAUCCACACGGGCCUCACGGACCACACACACCACAAGCAGCCCAACUGCAUCACAUGAAAAUGUCAUCGAGUCCACCCGGCUAUGGAGGCAUGAUGGAUCCGAGAGAUUCACCACCACUACCUCAUCCACCAACGAUGCUGCAUCCAGCAUUAUUGGCGGCCGCACAUCAUGGCAGCUCACCCGAUUACGCUCAUAUGAGAGCUGCUAUGGAUGCAAAUGACAGAAAUUCGGAUUGCAAUUCAGCGGAUAUUACGUAUGAAGGAAUUCAACCUACUAUAUCCUUUUCAAAUGAUCCAUACUUACAAGCUGUAAAUUCCUUAACUUCGAUGCACUCUGCAACAUUGACACCGAUGCACCUCAGAAAGGCGAAGCUGAUGUUCUUCUGGGUGAGAUAUCCGAGCUCACAAGUGCUGAAGAUGUAUUUUCCAGAUAUAAAAUUCAAUAAGAACAAUACCGCACAAUUGGUGAAAUGGUUCUCGAAUUUUAGAGAAUUCUAUUAUAUUCAAAUGGAGAAGUAUGCCCGACAAGCGGUCAGUGAAGGCGUUAAAAGUGCUGAUGAUCUUCAUGUUAGCGGUGAUAGUGAAAUUUAUCGUGUGCUCAAUUUACACUACAAUCGGAAUAAUCACAUUGAGGUAUGCAGAAAUCAGGUACCGCAGAAUUUCCGAUUUGUAAUCGAGCAAACGUUACGUGAAUUUUUCCGAGCUAUUCAAGGCGGUAAAGAUACUGAACAAUCAUGGAAAAAAUCCAUAUACAAAGUGAUAUCGAGAAUGGAUGAUCCUGUUCCGGAAUAUUUCAAAUCCCCCAACUUUUUAGAGCAACUGGAAUAGACGAUUUAAUAAAAUAAUAAUAAAAAAAACUAACAAAAUAAAAAACACAAAAUUUAAAAAAUACAAAUUAACAAAAUUAUAAAUUACAAAAAAAUUAUAUUUAUAAAAACAACAACUUUUGUGGUUCCUAUAAAGUAGUGUGCUUACGUCCAAAAAAGCGACUGCAAUUAUCGACGAUAUACUCGCGUUUAGGCCUUCAUUUCAAAAAGUAAAAAAUAAUGGAAAAAAAUAUUAACCAAAAAUUAAGAUUUUAAAAACAGUUUAAAGAAGAAGACACAAAAUUUAAAACCGAAAAAAAAGAAAAAUUUAAAUUAAAAAAAACCAAAAUUCAUUCAAAUCGUCAAAACUUCAUCACACACACACACCUUCAAAAUUGAAAGAAAAAGAAAAACAAUAAAAACGGAUCCAUUUUUUAGUUGAAAUAUAUCACAUAUAGAUGACAACACAGCAACAACUACAAAUAAAAGAAACUACAGCCGCAACAGAAUAACCAAAGAACAAACAACAAAAAAAAAUUCACACAACAACAUGUGCAUUGCUUGGAAAUGUGCACCUCAAAUCAACAAUCGAAGCAGAUUAAAAUAAAAAAAAGAAGAAAAACAACAAAAAAUGAAAAACUACAAUAUCCUAAAAUACAUAGCCAAUGGACUUAACAUUUUAGAAUUAUUAUGGUUUACGUCAAGUGUAAACUGUAUUGCAAAGCAACAGCGUUUUUUCAACUUUAACAAACAAAUAAAAAACAUUUUAUAUUAACAAAAAAGAAGAAGAAGAAGAAUACAAAAAAUAUGAAAAUAACAUUAAGUAUUACAAAAAUAUAUUGUUUUUUGUUGUUUGAAAGGUCAAAAGAAAGAAAAAAUUGAAAAGAAAUUAAAAAUUGAAGAUAAAGGGAAGAAAAAAAAACAUUUAUAUUAUUAAAAAGACAAAAAAAUGCAUAAUCUUAUCAUCAACAUUAGAUUCCCUGAAAAAAUUUAUUUAACAAAAAAAAGUAAAUUAUAUUGUAUCAAAACAAACAAAAAAAAUUAAUAAUUAAACAAAAAACAAUAAAUUAAAUUUAAAGUAACCAAAAAAAAAAACAAACGAAAACAACCGUUUACAGUAAAUAUUGAAAAUAUGUCAUGUUUAGGAUAGUUUUGUAUUUAACCAAAAUGAAAAAACAAAAAAACGAAAAAAAUAUUAAUGAAACGAAAACUUAAGAUGAAGCGAACUAAUUUUCCAUUCCUUAUUUUAUAAUCAAAAAAAUUAUUUUUUUUGUUUUCUUGAAGUAUUGAUUCGAGUUGAUUAAUUGGACAAUGAACUGCUUGUAAAUAGUUAAAUAAAAUUUCGAUCGCCUAGUUUUGCUGCGGGCUGCAGUUUAUUUGUUAAUUAAUUAUUUUUAUUUUACUAAACAAAAAUAUUUGUGAAUUGAUUUCUUUAAAUAAAAAAAAAAAUUAUUUUCCUAAUUUAAUCUACGAAUUUUUGUACAAAAAACAAUUAUUUUUUUACUUUAUUUUAAAAAGAUUUUUUUAGUUUAAUUUUUCUCCCUUCUUUAAAAUUACUUCGCUUCAUUUUGGAGCAUAUUUAAAAAAAAAUCCAACAACGAAAUUCUAGUAAAUAAUAUUUUUGAAAUAUAAAUUUUUACUACGAAUUUAGAGAGUAAUAUGGUGAGAUCCUGUUUAUUUAAAAAAAAGAAAUAUUUUUUUUUAAACAAUCGUGAAAUUUUCGUGUCCAAGUAAAUUUUAUUUGUUACUAUGAUUUGAAGGAUUUUUUUUUCUUCUUCAAUCAAAUCCAAAAAUCCGUUUUGACACCGAAUAAAAAGAAAAGAAAAUGUAAACAACCAAUAACUCAUUCCAAUUAUUGCAGUUAGUAAAUUGUUUUCGAAUAUUUUCAAAAUGGCUGAAUAUUUUCACAAUUUUACUAGUAGUUGUCCCAAUUAAUGAUUUUAUAAAAAAUAUAUUUCUUCUCUUUUCGGUCUAUUAUCUCAGUAAAUUUGCGAUGAAGAGGAAGAAUGAAAAAAGUGAAAUAAAAUUUUCGUUUCAAAAUUUUAUUAACUUUCAGUGAUAAACAUUUCUAAAACGAUUAGUAGAAGAAUCAGAAAAGAUGUCCAAAUUUUUUCGGUAGAGUAAAAAAUUCAACCAUUUUGAGUGAUUUUCGAAUAAGAAAAUCUAUGAAACUCAUUAAACCAUUGGCCGAAUUUCUCAAUUUUCUUUUACUUUUUCUCGGAGGAUUAAUAUUGACAUAAUCAAACAAAGAAAAGAAAAUUAUUUCCCAUCAGAAAACUCCGAUUGUAAUAAGAAAUAAAAUUGACUUGACAUAAAAAUUACACGAACAAGUGGCAUGACAUAACCAUAAAAGCAAAAGAAACCAUUACAAACAAACAAGUAAAAAAGGAAAAUGCUCUUCUUCAACAAAGUUUAUAUAUUGUAAAUAGUGUGUCCUUCGUUGUUUCCAAGAAGAUUAUUUGACAUGGAAAACUAAGACAAAA